UUUUGUCUCAUGUGAGGGUAGUCAGCAACAGCACACAGUCUAGAGCGAGAGACCUGAUAGUAGUUCAUUAGAAGUGGUUUUAACAGCUUUUGGACAACAUGCAUCUUCUGCUUUGGAGAAGAAAUGUUUUUGACUUAUUCUUCAGUCUGUUUUUCUUUUAUCUCAAAUGUAACAGCAUAACAGCUGUUGGUCAUGAUGUAUCAGUCAAAAAAGGAGGAAAUAUCACUUUGUUUUGUCAUCUGAUUGAGACAGAGGAGAAUUUAAUUCAUAUUAUCUGGCAGAAACAGACGAGAGAAACCCCUAAACAGGAAACCUUCUUAAUCGUUGACAAAGAUGGAAAAACUGAACACAAAAACGAUUUACUGGACAAGUUCAAGUUUACUGGAAAUAUUAAAGAGAAGAAUGGAUCGGUUCAGCUGCUAGGAAUGACACUGCAGGAUGAUGGGAUCUAUACUUGUAUCUCCAUAUUUCCUAAUGGAAAAACUCAGACAGACAUCAAUGUCACCGUACUUGUUCCUCCGGUGGGAAAUGUAACAGGGAAGACACAUGUUUGGGGUCAUUCUGACAUUAUUCUGGCCUCAUGUGUCGCUUCCCAUGCCCGGCCUGCAGCAGAGGUGUUUUGGAAAUUAGGAGCUCUGAAUGACUCACUGAGGACAGAAACCAGCUACACAGAGCACACAGACGGAAGCGUCACAUCUGUGUCCCACACACUUGGUGCACCAUCUAAAGAUUUAAACCAGAAGAAGAUCCAGUGUGUGAUAAAACACAGCACACUGACAAAGGAGCUAGAACUUGACUACAUAAUAAAUGUCCACUAUCCUCCUGACUUGGUGGUGAUAUCUCCUGAUGACCCAACACAGACUCAAGAAUAUCUUUGUUCAGUGGAUUGUAACCCAGCACCAACCAGCUACAUCUGGAUCAAAUUGAAUGGAAGUACUCUUCGUUCUGAAGGAAACAAGCUUUUCAUCCCAAAAUCCUCUACUGAUUCUAAUGGUGUAUACAUCUGUACAGCAUCAAACCAGUAUGGAAGUGCUUCAGGUUUCCUCUAUGUGAAUAACACUGCAUUAAAAAGGUGUAGUGAAUGAUGCAAAUAGCAGUCUCAACUCAGCCGACCCCAAGCAUCGAUGGCCUUUCAUGAGUCACAACACCGGAAGGAGAUAGAAGUCACAUGUAAGGAAGUUACACAACCCACUAAUCUUUUUGCGCUAUUUAUAGGGCAAAAUAAAUACAUGUCCCACCCAAAAAAACAUCCUUAUUAACAUUUUUUUAUAGGAUCCACUGAUGACUGCUGGCUUCUUUUUGGUUUGGUCUUCAGCUGUGCCGUCCUGUGGAUUUCUCUGGCCUACAUAUUGAGCAGUGGUCGAAAAAUGCAUCGUGUUUAACACUCAAGUAAUAGUAAAGCUUCAUUUGGACAACUUGUGAUUUUCUCUGUAUUUAGAUUUUUUUGCACCCUUAGACCAUUUCAAUGAAUUGACCCUUGUGACUGGUUUUGUUAUCCAGGGUCUUAUCUGUGCUGCACAUGUGAACCUGCACGAUGGGACUGUUGUGAUAUGGAUAGAAAAGCAGAAGCUAGUCAUCAAGCACUACGCUCAUAUUCCCAUCUGUCAUGGUCGGAGUUGUUAUGGUCAUAACUGACCGCGAUUACCAGAAGCUCUGUUUUUUGAAUGAUUUGACUUAGAUGAGUAGAUGAGUUUGCAAGCUGAAUAUCUAGAUCAGCAUGCAGUUUAUAAUGUUACCAAUCAGGGGCGCUGCAAAUGGGGCGAAGUUAGAAUGAUUCUAAUGGCACAUGCACUUUGGGGGGCCCAAGAGAUCUGUUUAACUAUAAAUAACAGUCAUGUAAUAGAAAUUUUAAAUAUAUCUAUGAAAGAGUUAAAGGGUCAGUUUGCCCAAAAAUGUCAUUAAUAACUCACCCUUAUGCUGUUCCAAACAUGUAAGGCCUCCUUUUAUCUUCGGAACACAGUUUAAGAUAUUUUUAGAUUUUGUCCGAGAGCUCUCAGUCCCUCCAUUGAAGCUGUGUGUACGGUAUACUGUCCAUUUCCAGAAAGGUAAGAAAAACAUCAUCAAAGUAGUCCAUGUGACAUCAGAGGGUCCGUUGGAAUUUUUUGAAGCAUCGAAAAAAAAAUUUGGUCCAAAAAUAGCAAAAAUGACGACUUUAUUCAGCAUUGUCUUCUCUUCCAUGUCUGUGUGAGAGAGAGUUCAAAUCAAAGCAGUCUGGAUAUUGGGUUCACGAACGAAUCAUUCAGUUCACCAAAUCGAACUGAAUCGGUUUAAACGGUUCGCAUCUCUAAUACGCAUUAAUCCACAAAUGACUUAAGCUGCUAACUUUUUUAAUGUGGCUGACACUCCCUCUGAGUUCAAACAAACCAAUAUCCCGGAGUAAUUCAUGUACUCAAACAGUACACUGACUGAACUGCUGUGAAGAGAGAACUGAAGAUGAACACCGAGCCGAGCCAGAUAACGAACAAUAGACUGACUCCUUCACGAGUGAAGAACCGGUUGCAUCGGUGAUCGGAUCACCAGUAGUUCUUUCGGACAGUUCGAUUCAAUAAACCGGUUGAAGAAAACGGUUCACCGGUUCUUUUGCGCUCGACUUAAUGGCGUCAUUUGCGAUGAUCACUGUUGGGAACGUUACUUUAAAAAAGUAAUUAGUUAUAGUUACUCACUACUUGUUCCAAAAAGUAACUGAGUUAGUAACUGAAUUACUCUAUAAUAAAAGUAAUUCGUUACCAGGGAAAGUAACUAUUUGCGUUACUGUAAAAAAAAAAAAAAAAAAGAA